GGCGGUGCCGAGCGGGGGCGGUGCCGGGAGAGCUGAGGCGGUGCCGCGCCAACCAAAACAACGCCACACCCCGGCAGCCCUUGCGCCGGCUGUCUGCUACUGCCGCCGCCAUCGCCGCCGCCCGGUGGGGUGUGCUGGGGUCUCGAGGUGGGUGCGGAGAGCCGCCGCCGCGUCCGCCAUGAAGCUCCGUGUGCGGCUGCAGAAGCGAACGGCGCCGCUGGAGGUGCAGGGGGCGGCGCCGACUCUGGGGGAGCUGCGCGCGCAGCUGCGCCGGGCCCUGCUGCCCGCCUGGGGGUACAGUUCUGAUACUGAGUUCUCAAUAACAUUGAAUAGAAAAGAUGCUCUCACAGAAGAUGAGAAGACCUUGGCUUCAUAUGGGAUUGUUUCUGGUGAUUUGAUAUGUUUGUUACUAGAAGCAGAUGGACAACCUAACCUACCUCUUCCUCCUCCUACUCCUUCUCCACUUCACAAUGGUCAUGAGCCAUCCCCCUUGAUCCCGAACAAAAGUCAGGCCAAGAGUCCAAAAGAAGGGCAGAAUGAGCAACCUGACAACCAGAAAGUUCAGGUGGAAGUUCAAAAGAGUGAUGAGAGAGCAGGCUCCAGCCUAGAAUUUCCUUCUGGAUUAGUCCCAGAAGAUGCUGACUUGGAACAAGGUACAGGUUCCUAUCCCUCUGAACCCAUGCUGUGCAGUGAAGCUGCUGAUGGUGAAAUACCACAUUCCUUAGAGAUGCUCUACCUUUCUGCUGAGUGUACCAGUGCUGCUGAUGCCUUGAUUGUUCUUGUACACCUUCUCAUGAUGGAGGCAGGCUAUGUGCCUCAGGGAACAGAAGCUAAGACAGUGUCUAUGCCAGAGAAAUGGAGAGGGAAUGGUGUUUACAAGCUACAGUACACACAUCCGCUUUGUGAAGAGGGUUCUGCUGGUUUGACUUGUGUGCCUUUAGCAGAUCUUGUUGCUAUUAAUGCAACAUUAAAAAUAAACAAAGAGAUUAAAGGUGUAAAGAGGAUACAGCUAUUGCCGGCAUCCUUCGUUUGCUUUCAGGAGCCAGAAAAGAUUUCAAGUGUUUACAAAGACCUUCAGAAAUUAUCCCGCCUCUUUAAAGACCAGCUGGUUUACUCUCUUCUGGCUGCUGCCCGACAAGCUCUGAACUUGCCAGAUGUGUUUGGGUUAGUGGUUCUUCCUCUUGAGCUGAAGCUUCGGAUUUUCAGACUUCUGGAUGUUCGUUCACUCCUGUCUCUUUCUGCUGUUUGCCGCGAUCUCUAUGCAGCCUCAAAUGACCAGCUUCUGUGGAGGUUUAUGUAUCUGCGAGACUUCCGAGAUCCUGUUGCAAGGCCUCGUGACACAGACUGGAAAGAACUAUACAAGAAAAAGUUAAAACAGAAGAAGGAGGCUCUGAGAUGGAGGCACACGAUGUUUCUGCCCCCUACACCUCAUCCAAUCCCCUUUCAUCCCAACCCAUUCUAUCCUAAUCCUUUUCCUCCCAGCCCAUUUCCAUCAAACCCCAUCUAUCCCCCAAUGAUCAUUGGUGGGGAAUAUGAUGAGAGACCAACACUUCCAUAUGUUGGAGACCCAAUUAACUCGCUCAUUCCAGGCCCAGGAGAAGCACCAGGCCAGUUUCCUCCAUUCAGACCACAUUUUGACCCAAUUGGUUCCUUACCUGGAGCUAACCCUACACUUCCAGGACGAGCUGGUCCCAGUGAGAGGUUUCCACCCAGGCCUAGCCGGGGCCGCUCCAUGGACAUUCGCCGUGCAUUCAUUUGAUUACUGAUUGUCCUUCAGUUAGUUUACUAGUCCUGAGCGUGCUUUCUAAUUGCAGGAGAUUGCAAAUCCCAGGCACUAACAUCUGCCUCUUCAGACUGGGGCAAGAACACGUGUGCAUGGUAAUGUUGUAAUGUUUCAACCACAAAGGCUGGGUUUGUUUUAUGCUCUGAUAGUACUGUAGCAACUGGCAGUGGCACAGAACUACAACUUGGAACAGUUUGUUCUGCACACAUAUCUUCCUUCUCACCCCAGUUAGCAUCAUCUGUGAAGCACUAGAGACCAGAAGGAUGCUAGCCAAAUAUUUGCUGCAUCAGAUAAAGAGCACUUUAAAUACAAACUGUGUAUUUGUCUGUAUUUGAAGAGUUUUAUUAAAGUGCCAGGAAAAAAGUUGUUUCAAAGCUACCUGGCUUAAUAACCUUUAAAAAGUCUACCAUGUUCCACUUAGAACAGGAUGUUACUACUGUUAGAGUAGAUGAGAGAGUAGAAACUUCCAAAGAUGAUGUUUCUUUAAUGUUUUAUUAAGUAAAAAGAAUUUUUAUAUUAUUACUUCAUACACAGAUAAUACAGGGAAGGGACUUUCUUUACAGUGGGAAUACUGGAACACAAAUCAUUUUACAACAACUGAGUAAAGUCAUGCUACAGUGCAACUCGGAAGUCUGAACAGAAGCAGAGCAGUUUUACAAAGAAUUAGCAGCAAAGCUUUUUGUCUUGUUGAUUUUUCAAAUAAAGAGUUUUAGUACGUGG